AUGAAGCUUGUGCCAGUUGUCAUUACAAUGACACUGGAAGUCACUGCUCUUAUCAUAGAAUUAUACAUAGUCAAUAUCAGCAAGGAGAAUGAUAAAGUAAAAGAAAAGAAACAGAAGAAUGAAAAGAGAAAGAAAGUCAAGAAGAAGAGUUCAUUCAAGAAACACUCUGUGACUGAGAAUACAGAGGCUAGAGCCUUGAAAAAACAGAUAACAAGUGUUGAGUCAGUUGAUAGUCAUGAUAUUGAGAUUUUAACUCUUCAUGUUGAAAAUGAGGCUCUGUGCAAGGAGAAUGCAGCUCUGAAGAUCAAAUUCAGAACUAUUACAAGCCUUCUUCAGGUCACUCAAACUGUUCUUGAGAAUGACAUAUGA